UGUCCAGGCCGGGUCCACCAUGUCGAAGGUUUCCUUUAAGAUCAUGCUGACGUUGGACCCGCGGCUGCCCUACAAAGUAUUCAGUGUUCCUCAAAGUACACUUUUCACAGCAGUCUUAAAGUUUGCAGCUGAAGAACUUAAAGUUCCUGCAGCAACAAGUGCAAUUAUUACCAAUGAUGGAAUAGGAAUAAAUCCUGAACAGACUGCUGGAAAUGUUUUUCUAAAGCAUGGUUCAGAACUGCGAAUUAUCCCUAGAGAUCAUGUUGGAAGUUGCUAAUGCCUGCUACUGGGAGUGUACAGUUACCUUUCAGAAUAAAAAUUGCUUUUUAUUUUGGUUGUAAAGGUGAAAUCAGGCAUGUAACAUACAGUGAAAACAACAAAAGUCAGUGAAAC